CCACGGUCGCCCAGGCCCCCGGUUGCCUCCAGCAGCACCCCCUCGGCGGUCAGUUCCCCGCAGGGACCUACAGCCGCAUCCCCCCGGCAGCCGUGCCCCGGUACCCGCAGUGCCCGCCGGACCCCCGGCACCCACGGCAGCGGCCCCGCCUCGCAGCCCCCCGCUGGGGCCAGGCCCGGAGCAGCCGGAUCCCGGGGCCGCCGUCCGCAGCAACGGGGCCGCGUCCUCCCGGGGCUCCGUACCCGUAGCGGCAGGCGCCCGUCCCCGUCGCCUCGGGGCGGGCCGGGCGGCUGCGCACACGGGGCGGCCGGGCCCGCCUCCGCCGCCCGGCACAGCAGCACCGCGGACAGCGCCAGCCCCCGCGCGGCUCCGCACGGCCCCGGUGGCAGCGCCGGUCCCCGGCCCGGCACAGCCCAGCCCGGCGCGGCCCGGCCGCACGCCGCGCCAUGGCCACGGAGGUGCACAGCCUGCAGGAGCUGCGGCGCAGCGCAUCCCUGGCCACCAAGGUCUUCAUUCAGCGGGAUUACAGCGAUGGGACCACCUGCCAGUUCCAGACAAAGUUCCCCCCUGAACUGGAGAGCCGGAUCGAGCGGCAACUCUUUGAGGAAACCGUGAAAACCCUUAAUGGCUUCUAUGCUGAGGCGGAGAAGAUUGGGGGCAGCUCGUACCUGGAGGGGUGCCUGGCCUGUGCCACUGCCUAUUUCAUCUUCCUCUGCAUGGAGACACACUAUGAGAAGGUCCUGAAGAAGAUCUCCAAGUACAUUCAGGAGCAGAACGAGAAGAUCUAUGCGCCACGGGGCCUGCUGCUCACUGAUCCCCUGGAGCGUGGCAUGAGGGUUAUCGAAAUAUCCAUCUAUGAGGACCGGUGCAGCAGCGGCAGCUCCAGCAGUGGCAGCUCAAGCAGCAGCAGCGGUGGAGGGGGUGGCGGGGCAGGGGGCCGGUGACUGGCAGGGAGUCCCUACAGGGACUCAUACUGCCGGGACAGUGGCCUCUCUGAGCUCCGCAGGCUGCACUACCAGAGCACGCGCUUCUGAGCCCAGGGAGGGUGGGAGGGGGAAGCCAGGGGCUGCCUAGCGGGGCUGCCCACCCCCAUCUGCUCUGUGCCCCCCGCAGUGAAUCUGCCCCUGCUCAGACCCACUGCGGGCAGGGGUUGGUGCUGGGGCAUCCUAGGUGCUUUCCGCUGAGCCAAACUGGUGCCAAGGGGCUCCCACAGCCCUCUGGGUGCUCCGCAUUGCUGUCCCUCCCCCAAGUGAAGGAGCUUGCCCUGCCACGGGCAGUCCCAGCUGGCAGUGCCCCGCGUGCCGUGCAUCGUGCAUCAGGGAGCAGCAAAUCCCCAGGCAGUGCUAAGGGGGACACACAGAUCCCCAUGACUACAGGCACUGCCAGCCCUUGCUGCGCCCCCUCCCUGGGACAUCCCGCUCUUGGUGCUGCAGGGUGGGCUCAGCUGCUGCGUGCCCACUGCACAGGGUGCCUGGCAGAGCCCUGGUGCUGCUUCAUCUGCACGAUGGUGCCAUGCAUUCACCACAGACCUUCCCCACAUGCUACCAAUUGCUGCUCCCCAGCCCUGGCCAGAUAGAUGCCCUCACCCAUCUGGUAGUGGUAUCCUUGCCAGCAGCAUCCCUCAGCGCUGCCCACGACACUGGCUUCUGUUCCCUGCCUGACCUGGUGCCAUCCGCAACUGUACCCAGAAAGAUCCUGAGCCCCAAGCCCCAUGCCCAGGGCAGGGAGGUACAGUGCUGGGCAGGCUCCUGCUGUUGUGCUGCAUGUCCUGGGCUACCGCAUAGCUCAGCACAGUGGAGGCUGAGCUGUGGCAUGGGCAAGCCAGGCUCCCUGUGCACUCCCAGCAGAGCCUGCCUACACCUGGCUUCUGGCAGCCCCCUGCCUGCUCUUCCCCAUGACCUGCACCAAUGCAGGAAGGCUGCCCGGUGGAGCAGCUCCACCAGUACCCUUCCUCUCCUGCUGCUGAGCCCUUCCCUGCCCACAUGUCCUGCAUGCAUCUGCCACCAGCACCGCAAUUCUCAGUCUGGCCUGUGGUGGGGACCUCGAGGGGUACCUGGGUCUGGCUGCAAGGUGUGGGGGUUCUCGGGCCAGGGUCAGAUGGGGGGGGAAUAGGAGGGUCCCUGUGACAUCCAGCACCCCAAGGAGAAGAGUCCUUGCCUGGGUGCAGGGCUGAACUGAGUGGGCAUUUCUCUUGUGGGGUCCACGGAGGGAGGACCCUGCCCCAUGGGACUCCUUUUGGCUUGGUCAUGGCAUGUGUGGGGGGUGACCCUGCCCCCACCGUUCCUGCUGGGGCCCCCCUGCAUGGAGACCUUCCUCAAUAAACCCCAUGCUUCA